AUGUUCAAGUUCACGCAACUCGCCAAAUUCGUGUUGGCUCUCUUUUUAGCCACCGGCACUAUAGCUAGCGCUUUACAAAGCCAAAGGCGGUCUAAUGACACCACUCAGUGUUUAAAUACUCCAGCUUCAGAUGGUCUGGCUAAACGGGCCGCUCCAGCUCUUAGUUUCGAUGCCUCACAGUGGAUCUGGACGCCCGAGCUAUCAGGCGGUAAUGCACCAGUUGGAUCGCGAGGCCUUCGCAAAACCUUCGUGCCUCCCCAGGGUAAAACCCCCGCAUUCCUUACUAUUGCGUAUGCUGUCGACGAUUCCGCUAUACUUUAUGUCAACGGACAGGAGAUCAGUACUAAGGUUGGCUGGCAAAUUGCUGAUACCUCUUGCAUUAACUUGGCCGACUGUGGAUGUGCGGUUAUAAUCGCUGUGAAUGCGACGAAUAUGCCCUCUACGCCGAACCCCGCAGGACUGUUGAUAACCGGGAUUGUAACCUAUACUGAUGGGUCGACCUCUCCCAUCGUUUCUGAUACUACAUGGCGCACAAGCGAAGGCGGUCUACCCUCCGGGUUCCAGGAUCUGUCUUUCGAUGAUAGUACUUGGGCACCUGCAGUCACGGAAGGUGGCAACGGAGUAGCUCCUUGGGGCACUGUCGCCUUGGCUGGAAUUGACCCUAUAUCGUUUGACACUGCACAAUGGAUUUGGACAAAUGAAGCUUCGAUCGGCCUUUAUCCCCCUGGUGCUAGAGCAUUCAGAUACACCUCAAUUCUUCCUGGUGGACAAUCCUCUGGUAGCGCUACCAUCAUUAUAGACACAGACAACGAGUACUCCUUGUAUGUCAACGGUGUAUUCGUCGGAACGGGUACAGAUUUCACUACUGCACAAAAGUAUACAGUGGAAAAUGUCCAGGGCCCGCAAGUUGUCUUCGCGGUUUAUGCUGAAAACACGAAUACUGUCCCGAACCCAGCCGGUUUGCUAGCUGCUAUUCAACUCAACUCGCAAGACGGUUACUGUGCAGACUGCGUCUCUACUUCGAGUAUUGUUACAUCUGUUGCCUGGAAGGCAUUCCCUGGCGCAGUUCCUUCUGGAUUUGAACAGCAGGGCUUCGAUGACUCGAGUUGGCCUGCAGCAGUGGAAGAAGGAGCUAAUGGCGUGGAACCAUGGGGCACGAUAGCCGUGCCGACUGCGGUGACAACUGGGGGCUCUCCUUUGCCAGGAGCUCCUGCUUGA